AUGGCGAUUCAAGUGGCCUCACCAUCAUCCCGUAGCUUCACCAGCGAAGCUAAGUAUCGAUAUGAUGUCUUUCUGAGUUUCAGAGGUGAAGAUACUCGCCACAUCUUCACUGCGCCUCUCUACGAUGCUUUGCGCCGUAAGGGAAUCAACGCCUUCAUUGAUGACGAGAAGCUUGGGAAAGGGGAAGAGAUUUCACCUACGCUUCUUAGAGCCAUUGAUAGAUCAAGAGUUUCCAUUAUUGUGUUCUCUAGAAACUAUGCUACCUCCACAUGGUGCCUAGAGGAACUCGGCCAUAUCAUUUGGUGUCAAAAGCAGAAGAACCAGCUGGUUAUGCCCAUCUUUUACAAGGUGGAUCCGAUGGAUGUUCAGUAUCAGAGAAACAGUUUUGAGGAAGCCAUGGCUGCUCUUGAAGAAAGGUUUAGAGAUGACUUGGAGAAAGUACAACGAUGGAGAUCUGCUUUGUUUGAAGCUGCUAGCUUAUCAUCGGCAUGGCUUUUCGAAGAUGGAUACCAAGAUGGAUUUAUUGAAAGUAUCGUUGAAGAUACAUUUGCUAGGCUACCUCCUAAACGCUACCAUAACGUUGAUUACAUCGUUGGACUUGAGCCUUAUAUAGAAGAAGUGAUGUCACUUUUGGAUGAAACUGAUGGCAGAGUUUGUGUGUUGGGAAUUUAUGGAAUUGGUGGGAUUGGCAAAACAACCCUUGCAAAAGCUGUCUAUAAUUCAAUCUUCUACAAUUUUGAAGGUGCUUGUUUUUUGUUUGAUGUUAGAGAAACAUCAAAGAAAUAUCAAGGUGUUAUUCACCUUCAACAAAUGCUACUAUCAGAAAUUCUAGAUGAUAAGAUCAAGUUUAGCAGUGCUGAUGAAGGAAUAACAAAAAUAAAACAUAGACUCUCUCACAAAAAGAUUUUGUUGGUUCUUGAUGACGUCGAAGAAGCUGAACAGUUAGAACAGCUUGCUGGAGGGUGUGAUUGGUUUGGUUGUGGAAGCAAGAUCAUUAUAACAACAAGAAACAAGCAAUUGCUAAUUGCACGCGAUAUUAAGAAGCAAUAUGAAAUGAAAGAGCUAAAUGAGCAUUACGCUCUUGAGCUCUUUUGUUGGCAUGCAUUUCGUACAAGCCACCCUCCAAAAGUAUACAAAAGUAUGUCCAUUGGUAUUAUACGUUAUAUACGUGGCCUUCCUUUGGCUUUAAAAUUGAUAGGCUCCAAUUUGGCUCGCAAAAACUUGGAGGAAUGGAGAUAUACAUUGAAACAAUAUUAUCAAAUCUCAAGAGGAACAAUACAUGAGAUAUUGAAAAUAAGCUAUGAUUGCUUACAAGAUGAUGCUAAGUGUAUUUUCUUGGACAUUGCUUGUUUCUUUAAAAAGGAGACAUUGGAAUUUGUAGAAGACAUACUCGGAGCUUGUUACCAUGGGACAAGGUUUUUUAUUGAGGUUCUUGUAGAUAAAUCUUUGAUAACUAUUGCUGAUAAUGGUCUUUUGCUGAUGCAUGAUCUAAUACAACAAAUGGCUAAAGAAAUUGUUGAGCAAGAGGCACCCUCAAAUCCUAGUAAACGUAGCAGGUUAUGGUAUUACAAAGAUGUGCUUAAUGUGCUGCAAAAUAAUUUAGGAGGAAAUGAUAUUGAAGGAAUAAUACUUGAUCCACCUAAACAAGAAGAAGUGAUGUGGAACGGCUUGGCUUUUGAGAAGAUGAAUAAUCUUCGAAUUCUGAUUGUUCGAAAUACCCAAUUCUUUACAAGUCCCAAGUAUCUUCCUAAUAGUUUGAGAUUGCUUGAUUGGGAGGGAUAUCCUUCUAUGACUUUACCACCAGAUUUUUCUCCUCCAAAACUAGUUUGCUUCAAGUUAUGUAGAAGUCUUUUCAAAUUUGAAGAGCCAUUCCAGAAGUUUGGAUAUGUGACACACAUGAAUUUCUCGCGGUGUGAAUUCAUAACAGAAGUACCUGAUAUGUCUCAUUUUCAAAAUUUAAAAACAUUAAGCUUUCAUGAAUGUCGCAAUUUGAUCAAAGUUCAUGAUUCAGUGGGACUUCUUGGUAAGAUUAUCAAAUUAGAUGUUGGUAAAUGCACCAAACUUAGCAGCUUUCCACGUGAAAUCAACAUGCCGUCUCUUGAAGUGCUCGUUCUUACUAACUGCAAGAGCCUUGAGUGCUUCCCUAAUUUAGUUGGAAAGAUGGAUGCACUUGGAAGUAUUUUUGCAGAAGGUAGCGCUAUUAAAGAGCUUCCAAACAGCUUAUUCACGUUGCAAAAUCUUAGCACACUCAUGUUGGGAGGACUUCAGCCUCAUGGUAGAAAAUGUUUGAAGAAAUUACUGCAAGAAAGCCAACCACUUAUCAGU